AAAGAUUCAUUUCGAAGUAACCCAACAUUGUAUCUAAACUAUUAGCAACUUACAUUUUUCAGUGACCUGGAAAUGAAAGAGAGAAACAGUACUUCCACGCUCAAGCGCAUUUUGGUAAAUUGUGCAUCUCAGGCAAAAGAAUAUGGGAGUUGCGUUGCUGGAAAAGUUCCAGAGGUUGAACGUGAUACGUGUUUAAAGGAAUUUCUUGCUCUAAAAGCAUGCAUGCAGAAUACGCUGAGAGGGAAGUUUUAGGCUCUGAAUCCAACUGAACUCCUCUUUCCAUAGUCUGUAGAAGCAGUGAUAUGGGAUCCACAACCUCUAUUUGUAAAGCCAGGAGAGAAGAAAAUCAGGAGAAUGCAGAGUCUUAUAUUCUCAUUUUAUGCAUUCUUCAUUGCCAUCAGAGUACUGUGGAUGAAAUUUCCUUCUGCUGUUUAACUGUUUUUAAUGUCUGAAGUACAGGUUUACGUUUAAGGAGCUCGUACCUUUUACACUUAAGGCAUUCAUUGAACUUCACAAGAUUUACUUGUAAAAGUUAACGAGAAGACAAACUGAAGCAUGGAGAAAGCAAUGAAAUGUUAUUAAAUUGAUAAACGUUGUUUUAGUGUUUAUAUGGUAUAUUAAAGCUCCCAUAACCUUUCAUAUAAUUCACUGUUGUUGCACUGGUAUGAUAUUGUUGUACUUCCCUUAAAUCCUGUAUCCACCAUUGGAGGCCAACUACAAUAAUAUUUACCAGACUUCCAGGUUUUAUAGUUAAGGCUGAAAUACAAGAAAAUUAUAACAUGUUGGGAAAAGCAUCAAGUGCUCAGCCAACUGUUGGUUUGAGUGGAUGUGGUGCGCUGUCACAUGUUUACAUUCAGCAUCCACCUCUAAGAUGCAGCAUUCCUGGAUCAAGAGGUCUAUUCUAUGAUGAUGGGAAUAAGUUACUACUCUCCGUCACAUCUGAUCAGGUUUUUGCAUGGAAAACUGUUCCUAAUCCUCUUUUUGAUGCUCCUACAUCUGAUCCAAUAGGUGAAGGGCCGGUACUUUCUAUUCGAUAUUCGCUAGAUGCGAAGGUCAUUGGAAUUCAACGAUCUACUCUUGUGAUUGAGUUCAGGAAUAGAGGUACCGAGGAAGCUUUUGUCCAUAGGUGUAAAUCAGAAUCUGAGAGCAUACUGGGAUUUUUUUGGACAGAUUGCCCAACCUGUGAUGUUAUAUUUGUGAAGACUAGUGGGGUGGAUAUGUAUGCAUAUGAACCUGAAUUGAAGGCACUUCGCUUGGUUGAGACAAAAAGAUUGAAUGUAAGCUGGUAUGUUUACACACAUGAAAGUCGGUUGGUUCUUCUUGCCUCUGGAAUGCAGUGCAAGUCUUUCACAGGAUUUCAGUUUUCAUCUGGAGGAGUUGUUCGCUUGCCAAGGUUUGAGAUGGUGAUGGCAAAUGCUGAGGCGAACAAGAAACCUGUCCUAGCUGCAGAAGAUGUUCAUAUUGUUACAAUGUAUGGUAGGAUAUAUUGUUUGCAAGUUGAUAGGAUUGCAAUGCUACUGCACUUGUAUAGGUUUUACCGGGAUGCUGUUGUACAGCAGGGUUCUUUGCCAAUUUAUUCAAGCAAAAUUGCAGUUAGUGUGGUUGAUAAUGUACUACUUGUCCAUCAAGUGGAUGCCAAAGUUGUUAUUUUAUAUGACAUAUCUGCAGAUUCCCGGGCACCAAUAUCUGCUCCACUUCCUCUCCUACUGAGGGGUUUACCCAGGGCUAAUACUUCCUCCUCUCGAUCAAGCAGCAUGGAUACAGUCCUUGUAGAGGUAAGUGAAGUGAGUGAUCAUGAAGGAAUCAUCUACAGAGAUGAGUGGACUUUUCUCAUUCCUGACCUUAUAUGUGAUUCUUCUCAUGGUGCUUUGUGGAGGAUCCACUUGGACUUAGAGGCCAUUGCUGCCAGUAACUCGGAAGUGCCCUCUGUUCUAGAAUUUUUGCAGCUGCGAAGUCUGGAAGCCAGCAAGGCUAAGAAAUUAUGCUUGGCGAUUACUCGCAGUAUAAUUCUAGAACGGAGACCCAUACCCCUGGUUGCUAGAGCAAUUGAUGUGCUAGUUACCUCUUACUCUCAUUCAAUUAAAAUGGGAAGUACUCUUCUGGGAAGAAUUGUGGGUGGUGAGACUAGUUCCACUUCUGGCAUACGGCAUGUAGAUAGCUCCAGGACUGGAGUCGAUGGCUCUCUGACUAGAAUUGCAAGACUUGGAAAAACCAUGCAUGAAUCAGCAACUGCAAGUGGAGUGGUUGGGGAACCUCAACAAUUCAGAACUGGAGAUGUGGAAAAUGAAUCUCUGGAUCUUGCCACAGGUGUGACAGUGAAUAGAUCAUCAACUGCUUUGGUUUCAGACUCAGAGGAGAAUGUUGGCUCUGAAGUAAUGAAAAGCAGUUCUGGGGAGCCUCUUGAAAAAUCCCAACCCAACAAUCUUCAUUUUUUGGGAACUAAAGAUGGUACAGGGGCUGAAACUUCUGGUAAGGAGGUAGAGCAUUCUACUUUACAGCCUCAAAUGCUUGGCCCCAGUGGAUUGAACUCUGAAGUUUCUGAGCAGCUGGUUUCACAAGUUGCUUCUCCAGCGAUUUCACCUGGUGAGAUGUAUGGUUCCAUCUUUGCUCCUGUAGAGGAAGGGAUGGCAGUAGAUCCUUCUUAUUUGGUCGCUAUUAUUGUUGAGUACUUCCACAGUGCUGCUUUGGAGAACCUCAAAGUACAUCAGAAUCUGAAUGUUUUAACCAUACAACUGCUAGCCCGCAGUGAGCGCUAUGCGGAACUUGGGUUUUUCAUCAUAAACAAGAUCCUUGAGCCCUCAAAAGAAGUUGCAUUACAACUAUUAGAUUCAGGUCGCAAUAAUAUCCAGACAAGGAAAUUGGGUAUGGAUAUGCUGAGACAGCUCUCAUUGCAUCAUGACUAUGUGUUGCUGCUAGUGCAAGAUGGAUAUUAUCUCGAAGCUCUAUGUUAUGCACGGAAAAACAAGGUGAAUACUGUCCGUCCUUCAUUAUUUCUCGAGGCAGCAUUUGCUUCCAAUGACUCUCAACAUCUAGCAGCAGUCUUGAGGUUCUUCUCAGAUGUCAUUCCUGGCUUCAGAAACACAUCAGAUUACAAUACAUACUGCCGUAUUCUGAGUGAGAUGAACUCAUCUACAGCUGCUUGAGUUGGUGUGUGUGAAGGUACUAGCAGAUGGAAUACCGAACUGUCAAUCCAGAAGUUGGUGUGUAGUACCUUGGAAGGAAAAUAUUGUGGUUCGCUUUGGAAGGAGGGAGUUCCAAAUGUAGGUACAUGGCCCAGCAAAUGUAUUGUUAGCCCUUAUCCUAAACUGCAUCAACACGUAGG